GUAAAAUCCAUCCAAGGCCCACUGCCCCCUAUCUCCUCCGCACAAAGGGAGGUAGAUGUGGAGCAAACAUGCGGAGAGCCUGGGGAACUGGGGCAAAUCCACAGGACUCGACCAUUCUUGCCUCGGCUGGCUGUGGAGAUGACGACGACGUUAUCUGGAGAUGCCAUCCAGCACCAUGUCCGGCAUGCCUCCUGCUUGAAACAUUGCAACAAUAAAGACUCGGGGAUCCGCCUGCGUGGGUACCGCCGCUGGAUCGUCUCCAGUUGCUCGGAUUGACAUCUCGAUCUUUCUUGACCCUCUGUUGCUAUUCGCUUCAGUCUCAACAACAUCCAUUGCGACCAUGUCUGACGUCCACAAGAUUGACCAAGAGAUGCGCGAACACAACGGACAUAACUUCGUUGGCAACGGCGCUGAGCUGAGUCGUCAAGUCACCGUUCAGCUGAGCUCUGAGCAGUAUGAACGCCUGUUCUUCCAACCGUCAGCACCUCGCCGUGGUGACUUUGCAAAACGAUUCGGUAAUCCGACACUGCUCGGACUGAUUGGUUUCUUAAUUCCAUACACAUCGACUAUUCUCAUACUCUGCGGCUUCCAAGGUGCCGUCGCACCGCAGAGUUUGAUCGGACUGAGCGGUGAUUACUACUUCUUUGGUUGCAUCGCUAUGAAUCUUGCCGGAAUUGCGGAGUUCAUCCUUGGAAACACCUUCCCCAUGGCAGUCUUCCUCAUCUACGGCAGCCAUUGGGGCAGUCUCGCAUAUACCCAAGACCCGAUCCACCAGACGACUGCACCUUUCACAGAGCUUGGCGGCGCUAAUGGCGCAGCGUACAACUCAUCUCAGGGCUUUCACAACGUCACAAUGGCAAUCGCAAGCUUUGUAUUCUUCAUGGGCACUUUCCGCGUAAAUGUCUUCUUCACACUGACAUUCUUCGGCCUCAUCAUGCUCUUCUCUUUCAUCGCUGCUGCUGACUUCCGGGUCGGACAUGCUACGAAUGAAGCUGAUGUGGAGCACAUCAACAAGCUGCUCCACAUUGCUGGAGGGUUUGGAUUCAUCGGUCUCAUCUGUGGCUGGUACCUGGCCAUUCUCACCGCUUGCGAGGCUGUCGGCAUUCCGUGUCCACUACCUGUUCUUGACUUGAGCAGCAAAGUCUUCCCCCAAAAGGAUGCGACCGUCAAUGGCGAAUGAGGGGAUAAGCCAUCGAUACCCAAAGAGCCUCGGGAUAACCGUGUAACUUCGCGCUCGUGGCCAAGUGGAUGGUAUCGCCAGCGUUGCACAUGGCAAGACCUCGGGUUGGGACUCUUCAACGUAAGGAUUGGCUGGAUUGGUUGCGCAUCGUCGUGUUUGUUGCCGCUUUGGCAAUGAGCAGCGGGAGAAGUAGGGUAAAUGUGUCCGCGCC